ACAAUGGUUAUAAUUCAGUUCCUGUUGUUGCUGAGUUUCUUGGACCAAAGCAAGCAGGAUUAUCUGUCUCCGAGGCUUGCUAGGACUUCAGGCGCGCCUUGUGCCAGGGGCCAGGCGUGUGACCCAAGGCAGCGGAGAGAUGCUGGGGGACGCGGUGGAGUCUACGAGCACCUCGGAGGAGCACCAAGAUGCAGAAAACUUUACUGUGCAACUAAAUAUCAUUUGCAAAUACACCCAAGCGGGAAAAUAGACGGUUCUCUUGAGGAAAACAACCAAUUUAGCAUCAUGGAGAUCACAGCAGUGGAUGUUGGAGUGGUAGCGAUAAAGGGGAUAUUUUCCGGGAGAUAUCUGGCCAUGAAUGAUAAAGGACGUCUAUAUGCCUCGGAUGUGUUCAACCAGGAGUGUGAGUUCCUGGAGCGGAUUCAUGAGCUGGGCUACAACACAUAUGCUUCACGACACCACUCCACUCUGCAGCCCCCUGCAGUGGGUGGCAGUGGCAAACGACGAGCCAGUGCCAAGAGGCAGUGGUAUGUGUCCAUCAAUGGUAAAGGCCGGCCAAGGAGGGGCUUUAAGACACGCAGCACUGACAAAGCCUCCCUUUUCCUGCCUCGAGUGCUAGGCAAUAAGGACCAUGAGAUGGUGCGAAAGCUCCGUGACAGCCAGAGGCCUCCAGCUGGACAGCAGAGUCCUACUAUGGGUCGGGCUGAGCACCGGAGACGGAGACACCGGGCCCGUGGCAGAAAGGGCAGAACCAAGAGGCCUGGUGACUGACUGACACUCGCCACUGCCUGAGCAGUAGGCCCUACUUCUCCGCUGAGGAGCACCAGUUCACGGCACA